UGUUGUAGUCAAAACUUUACUUCUGUCGAUAUAUUAAAUUGUUAUAACACCUUUAUUAUUUUCCCAUCUUCCUUUAGAUUACGAAAUUUAGGGAAGAAAUGUGUUGUAAAUGAUAUUGAUUUCAACUCGAAAAUUAACAGUACUUAUUUUUUCGAAUACGGAUGACAUCAUUUCCGUCUUGUUGUAAACAUUGAAAAUCGAUAAUUCCGUCAGCUGUGAAUGAAAUAACAAAAACAAAAAUGUUUAGUUCUAUGACAAAUUGGUUGGGAAUGAGCCAAGAGAGAGAAGCUGAAUCUGACGAAGAAAACAAAGAAAACAAAGGCAAAAACGAAAACAAUGAAAAGAACCCCGAUUCUGAGAGUGAGAAAGAAAAGUUGACAUCAGACCCAGAUAAAAAAGAAUCAGAAAACAAAGAAGAAGGAGAUGGUGAUAUCGACAUUUCUCUGGAUGCAGCUAAACAUAAACUAGAGGAUGUAUCUUCUAAAGCAUUGAAUGCAGCAAAAGAAUGGGGAAGUUACCUGUACAGUUUUAGCAAAGAAGCAGGCAAAACUGUAGCAGAUAAAGCCAAACUUAUUGGCAAGUCAGUGGAAGAUAAGACUAUAAUGGGAGAUUUUGCCAAGGAGCAGAACAAAUUUGUUACAGAAAAGAAAGAGAAAGCUAAGAGAUCAGAAGCAGCAGUACCACCAUGGGUUGGUUAUAAUGAAGAAGAGACAAUGAAAUCACAGAUCAUGGCCUUGUCAACAGACAAGAGAAAUUUUGUCAGAAAUCCUCCUGCCGGUGUUCAGUUCCAGUUUGAAUUUGAAGCUUCAUUCCCUGUUGCCAUGGCAACCCUUCAAGAAGAUUCUAAUUUACAGAAAAUGAGAUUUGAUCUUGUACCAAAACAAGUGAAAGAAGAUAUUUUCUGGAGGAACUAUUUUUACAGAGUUUCACUUAUCAAACAAUCUACACAACUGACAUCACUUGCACAAGAAACAGGUUCAAUGGGAAGUAGGUCUAACAGUACAGGGUCAUUUAAGUCUUCAGAUGAAAACCAAGAAAAAGAAUCAACACCUCCACAGGCAAUCCAGCAGAAAUCUAAAGUAGAAGAUGACAUUCCUUGCAGUCCCGCAGAGAACGAAUUUGUUAGUGAUACAUUCCAAGCUGAUGCUCUCAAUGAUGAAGAUUUGAAAAAAGAAAUGCAACAACUCCAUGUAGAAGAUGACAAAAAGGGAGAUGACAAUGAAUGGGAAAAUGAACUACAGGCUGAAUUGAAAGAAUAUGAAAUGGUGGGCCAAGAAGGAGAAAUAUUAGAUGAUGAACUAGAAAAUGAAAUCCUACAAGAAAUUGAAAAUGAAACCAAUAACAUGUAAAACAUAGACUAAAUCUUGAUAUCAUAUCGGGGAGCUUAUUUUCAUCACAUGGAAAUUUGUAUCUUCAUAAUGGGGCAAUUCAUGCUGAACUUCAUGCUCAUUCAUAUGUUGUGAUAAAGGAAUUUGUGAUAUGUUUGAAACAAAGACCUGAAAAUGAAAAGACAAAUUGCACUGAACUUUUAUUUCCCCCUAAAUCCAACAUCUAAUUCAAUCUGAUUGAUCAUAGAUUUGGGCAAGGAAUUUAUUAGAUUAUAUAUUUUCUGAUUUCCAACAUUUGGUUAGAUCCAAUCAUUAGAAAUAACAAAAAAUUAAUUUGCAAAUGGUCAUCAAAUUGAUUUAGUGUCAUAUAAUUUUGUAUAUCGCUCUAAUAUUGAAAAUGUAUACUUAAUUUCAUAUGAUUUCAUCUUAUGGUGGAGAAAUUUAACUACUUUGAAAAGAUAUAUAUGUUUGUUAUUGUAUAUGCUGUAUAUGUUAAUCAGUUAUGUUAGUAGUUCGUUCGGUUAAAGGAAAUGAUUUUUAACAUAUAUCAUGCCAAAUGUUUAUGAUUUGAAAAAAAACAUUAUAAGACAGUGGGUUUUUUGUAAAGAUUCAUGCAUUUUAAUCUAUAAAUUAAAACUGAUGAGAUUAGUGCAAAAAUUCAUUUUUUCAACUUAUCUGUAAGACAUAUGGGAUAGGUAAACCGUGGUAUAGAAUGUUUUUGUAUUUUGUAUAAACGAGUUAAACAAUUGGGGUGGAUAUAUGUUGUAAAUUGAUAACAACUAAUACUGAAACCUAUAGGAGCUGUUGUAUUUAAAGACAUCUUUAUACCAAUUUAUUCUUUUUAUUUUUUAAAGAAAAUGAAUAAUCUUAUUAAUGUAUGGUAGGUGCUAUCUGAUGAGUAAGUCAGUCAGUCUCAGUGUGACAUUGACAUUGUCACAUGCACAGUAAGGGCUAUUCCAUUUAAAUGUAUAUGUGGGAGGGUAGUUAGAAAAGUUUAAUUUUUGAUUGUGGGUCAUGGGUCUUUUUUUCAGUAUGCAUCUAUUACCAUUAUGCCAAGUUAUCUAAAAAAUGGUUCUUAGUUGUAGGGAUAUUUAGAAGUCCUUUCCUAUCCUCUCACACACUUGUUAAUGGUACAGCCCUAAUUUCAUGAAUGUGGUCUAUGGCAAUCCAAUUUUUAUGUUUCUUUAUAUUAUUGAGAUUUUAAUGUAUACAAAUUUUUCCUUUACAACUUGAAACCUUAUAAAGUUAAAAAAUUAUCUGCUAAACAUAUGUAGAUGCAUUUGAUAGGUAAGAAGUAAGUCAAGCAUUUUGCGUUGGAUUGCCUAAUACACUCAUCUAUUUUACUGUUUCGGUAUAUAGUAGGUUACUAUAAAUUCAUCUAAUUAACUAUUUCAAAAGGAGUAGGUCUGGUAAGGACCAAUUUUGGCCUCAAAUUUCAGGUUCAUCUGACGAAAGAUUUUGACCACUUUUUCAGCACUUAAGUGUCUAUUUCAUUGGAAUCAAGUCGUUAAUGUGAAAGAUUUUAACUGAUUAAAUGAUUAAAAAUGAUCCGAUUCAAGCUCAAAUAUGAAACAUCUACCAAAUACGCCGAAAAAUGUAACUUUUCAGAUGAUUUUUGUCAAAAAUGAAAGUGUUCAGAUUAACCUUUAUAUAUGUUAUGUAUUAUCAUAAAAUAAAACUUACAUAUCAAUAUUAAGGAUGAACACGAAUGCGGCCACUUCUGUUUUACAAGAAAAACGUCUAAAAUUUAACUAAAAUGAUAGAGUUGUGAAGAUUUCAGUAAUUUAGCAUGACUUUAUGGUGUUAGUACCCGAUAUAUGUGCAUUGUAUUGUCAAAAACAGCCCAUAUUAAUGUAGCAGAAGCAUUCUACCGUCCAAUAAAUAACUAAAAUUUUACAAUUUAACAAUUUUGUAAAACUGCUAUAUUUUGGGGCCAAAAAGGGGUCUUACUGGACCUUCUCCUUUGUUAAGGCUGUGGUUGAUUCAUAGUACAGGAACAUACAAAUAGCUUUCUUAUAUAUUGUUGGACAUCUAUUAUUUAGGACAAUGAAAACCAAUCACAAUGUUUCAGUCUAUGUAUUUGGAAAUGUUUCCCAGAAUGAAUUACAUUUUGAUUCGAUGUUGGCUUCCUAUUAAUCUGAUUUUCUAAGGUUUUUAAUGAUAUUGACUUCAAUAUUUCUGUUUAAUAAUUUUCUCUGUGGCUUUUUACAGAAUGUCCUGUAAGGUCCUUGCUCAACAUUGAUAUAGUUGUUACUUUUCUUUUUUAUUGGUCUGUGUGGGGAAUAUUUCAUUAUUAGCAGGCAAACCAUAACUACUUAUUUUUAUAAUCUUUAAGUUGUGGAUAACUGCUAGCAAGCAUUUAUUCUUAUUUUAUUUCCCAGUAGUUGUCAUUGAAUUCAAAAAAUUUGAAAACAACUUUAUUUGAAACAUCAAGAAAUUUGCUGACAAAACAGGUUUAAUUUUUAAUGAGUAUAUCAACCAUAACCUGUGUUCUUUAUUUUUUUUUAUUUAAGUGAUCAUAGGGUUGUACUGCCUCUGUUUAUUGUUCUGUUUUAUUAGAUAGUGCUGUUCUGUUUGGUAUUUUGGUAGAUGUGAUAUGAAACAUGUAAUAAUUAUGUAGAAAAUUAAGUUAUGCAAUUGUUUGUUGAAAUUUGUUGUAGAUUUAGUUAUUGAUAUUAUAUUUUGUUAAAUUUUGUAUAAUUCACUUUCAUUUAUUAUUAUUUUUAUACAACUACAGUGCAUAUUGAUGUGUGUAUUUAUAGAUAUAUUGUUGUCUUAUUAUUUUUGAGAGGAGGAAACUCAAGAAAGACCCUUUUGGCCAAACAUUUUUUUAGUGCAUUUUUCCUGAUUUUUGACUGCUGAUUCCUCUUUACCUUUUAAGUGACUUGAGCCCCACCUCAUUUCACCCUCCUUUUGAAACUCUUGGGUCCACAAUUGCUAUAUACCUCUCCAUUUAAUGUAAGCAUGUUGUGUCUUAACUUAAAAAGUCACCUUGUAAUACUUGAUGACUUUUUAUUUAUGUUGUAGCAUGUUUCUACUGAAAUAAAUCAGCUUUUUCUUUUGUAAAAAGAAGAACAGUUACUGUUCCACUUUUUAUGCAGUUGCUAUAACAGUUGCUUACAUUUUUAAGAGAUGGGAUAAAAAGUAAAUGCUACUCAUAAUAAGUUAAGUAUUGGCGAGAAAUUGUAUUUUCCUUAAGCAAUCACCUCCUUCUUUUUGAGGCGCUAAGGAGUUCAGGUAUAUUGAUAGCUAUAGUGUAUGAACUGUUUUGUCAAUUUCACUUACUGUUUGUGGUGUUGUUAAUGAAAUUUUUCAGAAAGUUUUUGUACUAACAAUAAACAGAAACAUGGCAAAUGUGACUUUAACUCAUUCCAAAUCAUAUAAUUUGAUCCAUGCAAUGACUGAAAAUAGCUUUGUAUAAUACUUUUAUGAAGACUGCUUUAAACAUGUCAGUUUUAAUGAGGUGGACUCAACACAUUAACAUGCUUACCAAUCAUUUCACAUUUAGUUGGUUGAUU